AUGGCACCGCCCACGGGCUUGUUUGGUUGGUUCAGUAGCCUCCUGGACUGGCUCCGUUCUCUCUUCUUCAAAAGGGAGAUGGAGCUCAGCUUGGUUGGCCUGAACAAGGGCGGGAAAACUACAUUUGUCUCAGUGCUGACCACGGGUCAGUAUACGGAGGAUAUGAUUCCCACGGUUGGCUUCAACAUGCGCAAGAUGACAAAAGGCGGCGUUACGAUAAAGAUGUGGGACUUGGGCGGUCAGCAGCGGUUUCGGAGCCUGUGGGAGCGGUACUGUCGAGGGGUGCAGGCCAUCGUGUUCGUGGUUGACGCGGCGGAUGCGGACUCAGUGCCAAUGGCAGCCAGGGAGCUCCACGCGCUCCUGGAGAGACCCAGUUUGAAGGGUAUUCCGUUGUUGGUCCUGGGCAACAAGAACGACCUGCCUGGUGCGCUCGGUGUGGAGCAACUCAAGGAGAUGAUGAACCUGAAGGCGCUCACCGAUCGGGAGGUUUGUGUCUACAGCAUCAGCUGCAAGCGACAAAGUAACAUCGACGUCACACUGGAUUGGCUCACCCGACAUGCCAAGGCUUAA